GACAUUGCCGUGGGUGUUGCCAAGUUGAAGGAGCAGAUGGCCAACCCAAUGUUCGUGACCAAGGGCGGUGUGGGCUACGGCGUGGAUGAGACCCAGAAGGUGGAGGAUGAUGGCAAGGGCUGGGUGUGGCUUGCGGCCGAGAUGAGCCCUGGAGGCCUGGCCGUGGAGCUCUUCAAGUCCGUGCCCUACGGCAAGCGUGCCAUCCUUGUGGCAAAGCAGAGCAACGUGGACGAGCUCUUCCAGAAGGUGAACUGGGACACGGCCUUGGCCAACAUUGAGGUGACCUUCGGUGGUCCUCAGGCGCCAAGACGGCCCAGGGGGAUGAAACCAUCAAAAGUGGUGGCUUUUGACUCACCAAUCUUUGGAAAUUGGAUGAGAUUGGUUAUUUAG